AUGUUUCGACGACGAUGGUCUGGUCUGCCAGAAGACCCUUCCUUCCCUGCCGACUUGGAGAAACUUGGCUACUUCGUCGAGCCCAAGUCGGACGAGAUCCGCCUGAUCGACGGGCCGAACUACUACUUCAACUACUUCCACACCAAGAACGUGCGCCACAACGACUGCCAGCGGUUCGCCUUCAACACGGCCGUCGAGGCGCAGCUCAUCCACCCGCGCCUCGAGGCCCUAGGCCUGACCAAGCUCGCUCUGCCCCUCGGCACCCCGACCACUGAUCCCCAUGUCCCCAUCUUCGUCUCUCCAGACCUCAAGAGCAAGGAGCGCGUCAUCCUCAUCGUCGGCGAGAGCGAGCAGGAGCUGGGUGUCAUCGCGCACAGGGUCAUUGGCGGCGCGGGCGGCGUCGACAAGGGUAGCAUGGUGGGGAUCGUCAGGGCGCUGCUCCAGAACGAUCACGACAGCGAUCAGAACCACGCGGACGGCGGCAGCAGCAUCAAAACCCCCGCCAACACCAAUACCACCCCGGGUAUCGUCCUCGCCAACACAGGCGAGCUGUGGUGGUGGCCCGAGGGCGGCCGGGGCCUCACCCCGCGAGGCGCGCAGGGCGCCCCGAUGCGAAGCGCCGUGCACUGGGGCCGGUUCCGCGACGACGGCCCGAACGGCUGCGCCAACAUGGUCCCGCGCAACGACAGCCCUGUCGCGCACGUCAGGUGCGUGUUCGAGCAGGUCCUGGGUAAUAAGGACCUCGUCGCCGCGGACGCGGUGGUGCAGGUCGUGGGCGUCGGUGACGGCGCGGCGGCGGCGCAGAAGGUCCUAGACGGGGACUGGGCGCACUGGGGAGGCAGGGUCGGGUGCCUGGCCAUGUUGGGCGGCGGGCUUGAUGCUGGCUCGGUGCGGGAUGAUGGGUUCAGGGCGUUCCUGAGGGAGAAGGCCCGCCUCUACACCACCUGCCACGAGCCGGCCGGCACCCUCCUCUCCGGGCCCGACGGCAACGACAGGACGGUUCUCCCCACCGACUACGGCACCUACGUCUUCAGCUCCGGCGAGCGGUACUACACGGAGCUGACGCUCAUCAAGGCCAAGGACGUCCUCCUCGCCUGGCUGGCCGAGGUCGACCGCGCCGGUGCGGACUACGCCAACCCCGAAGUCGAGGUCACCUACGCCGACGAGCACGUCGGCGCCGCGCCGAACUGGGCUGAUGGCGAUGAUGGCGGCGUCAGUGGUGCGUGGGGGGACGUCCCGGCCGAUGGUGCGGCUGCUGCUGCUGCAUUCCAGAAGCCGACGCGUGAGGAGGAGAAAGAGAGCGGGUUGGAGAUCAUCAGCCGCGAAGAGUGGGAGGAUCGCCUAAGGAGGGAGGGCAAGAACAAGCAGGACACUGCUGUCCCUGACAAUGUCUCUGUCGUCGGCAAGCCUAGAGAAGACGACUGA